CGGUCCGUUCCCAUCGAAAGUUCUUGCACGAACUCCGCAAAAACUGCUGCACCCCUUGGGCUGAGCUUCGGUAGUUUGGUUCCUCGGGGGUUGCAAUUGUGUGUUAAGGUCUCAAAUCUUCGUUUGCUCGCUUCCCUCGCUCCGAAUUUGCGACGUGUCUUCUCUCAAUGGGCCUUGCUCAACGAGGCCAUUUUCUUUGCUAACGCUUCGCUCUCUUUGUUUGUCUUUUCAAAGACUUUUUCUAGCGCUUUCCUGGAUGUUUUGAAAACGUCGAUUGUCAUCCAGUCAGUAGUUGUUGAUUGAAAACCUUGACCUUUGAUUCUAAAGCGAAUAUCCCUUUUCAUCCCCAACUUUUUUGAGAGAGAUCGAGUACCUUUUCAAAGGAUUUUUCAAAACAUUUCCUCCCUCUCUUUGAUGGGUAAAAUACUGGCUUUCGCGUUCGCGUUUCUAAAGGUUCUUUCUCUCUCUUUUCUCUUGCUCUCUACAAAAGGUUUCAAAACUUCUUCCUCCAGCAACCCUUCAAUUUGAACGGAGGCUUUUCAAAUUCGUUUCGCUUUCCACAAAGAAUCUACUGUGUGCCGAUAAUUUCGGUGAUUUGGAAUUGGAUGAUAAACCUACGUGCACUGCAGCUUGGCAUUCCUUUUCGAACUCGAAGCGGUUGUCGACGGUCGUGUUCUGUGCUACAGUGCUACAGCUACAGCUACAGUAGCUACGUUCACCCGCUGCUGCCCGUUUUUUUUGUUCUGCGAUGGCUGCUGGCUGUUCCCCUUCUUCACUGGCAUCAGAAUCGAUGGCAUGUGAAUACAGAUAAACGAUCGGAUUCGCUGUCUUUUUGGUACAACAAAUCAAAGAGCGUUUCAAGCAAUAAUUACGACGCAGACGUGAUUCUCGGACCUUCGAAACGAAAUUUAUGGCAUUUAUGCUGGCGUUAAAUCAAACGAUGAAACAAGAAAAAACUUGACUGUGGAGAAAAGGACUAAAAUUGUAUAAUAUAGAUUAGCUGUUGUCCGUAAAUUGUAUUUUGUUAAUUUGUUGUUAGAGUAAGAUUCCUUUCUGAUGCACGAAACUUGGCUGUUUUUUAUCUUUCUAUUUCUUAACUGCUUUGUUCCUGCAGUGUUUCAAAAGCUAAUUGUGACGAAGAUGUGAUAUGUGGACCUCAAAUGUAUAGAACUGCGUAAUAACUCUAUAACUCUUUGGAGUUUAGAAGAGGAGUCAUUAAUUCUUAAGAAAUUUUUAGAUGAUAUAUAUCUAAACGAGCACCAUGGACCAAUAACGGCUAACAGGAAUUUAUUGUUGGAAAACUUUAAUGUUUGAUUCAAAAUAAACAGAGGAAGUUUAAAGGUGGCCCCAAAUUAUACCUUAAAACAGCAUCACAAGUGAACAAGAAUUGAACGAAAUGCUCUGAUAAAGAUAUUCAUGUUGGAUUCAAAAUGAGCAUUACAGCUUUAAGAAUGGCCUUAGAAAAUAUUUUCAAGCGCCCUAUAAGUCGACGAGGGCUAAGAAUGUAUGAUUGGAAAACUCAAAAAUUUGAUUCUGACUAAAUAGGAGAAAUUAUAGGAUUAACUCAUGAAAAUGAUGGGGGCUGGCAGAAGUAUGUAGCUGUCAAGUUUAAAGUAGAAUUCAGAAUAUUAAACAAAGCUUUUAGAUAAGCCUGCAAGAUAUUUAAACGAGCACCACGAUUCACCGAGAGAUAAAAGAAGAUGCAAACUUUAAAACAUUGCAAUUAGAAUAAGCAGUAGAAAUAAAGAGGGUAACCCGUGAAAGUAUUUAAACGAGGACCCCAAUUAGAUCGUGGCUUACAAAAUGUAUUGAAGCAACUUUCUGUAUUGUCUUGAUAUUGCAACCGUUUAUGUAUCAAAUUGAUAUGCACAUUUUAAUAAACGGAAGAGUAGCUCCCAGUAAAUCCCGCUCUGCGGGCACCCUAUGGCCCCAAAAUGGGAUAGUAAGAUUAGCCUCUGAAAGUCAAGAGUGCUAUUAACCUUGAUUUCAAAGGGGUUCAGAUGGUGAUGAAAGCUAUGAUAUUGCUAAGUGGUAAUCGUAAUAAUCGAGGAACUACUCAUUGGAUUGGUUCUAUUAGGAAUUUCGCAAGUAUCGGUAUCUGGAGCCAGCAAGUAAUUAAGUUUGGGUUUACUUUUCUAAAAGGAUUUACUGAAUUACAAUCAAGGUAAUAAGCAUUAUCUUCCUACACGAAAAUAGCUCUUAUCUCAAUAGGGUUGUUGCUGCAAGUAAAUAAUACUUUGUCCUCGAGCAAUUAUUUCCUGCUCUUGCCAAUAGUAUAUGCUACUCACAGUAGGCGUGACUAUGGAUUGGUUUAAUUAUGUUUGUCUUUUGUCAUGUUUAGAAUGUGCUUGCCUGCUUGCUGUAUGAUAUUACACUUUUUGCUUGCAUUCCUUAUUAAAUUGAAAGAAUGUAGGAGGGCAUUGUUUUUUUAUUCUCAUUUUCAGGAUAGAUUCAAUUUUAAUUUUAUUUGUCAGAGGAGUAAACAGAUAAGUAAAGUUGGGAAGUCUUACCAUGAAAUUUUAUGGAAAAUUAAAACACAAGACUUAGGGGGUAACCCAUCAAAAUAUCUAAACGAGGAACACGAAUAGACCUGGGCUGCAAAUGUUUUGAAGCAACUUUCAAUUAACGGAAGACUAGCUCCCCUACGAAGCCCGCUACGCGGGCUUGCCAGUGACCCUACGGUCGAGUACAUAGAUUAGCCUCGGAAAAGACAAGAAUUUUCUUAAAACCCCCUGUGAAUGAUAGUAAAAUCAGCCUCGGCAAAGACAAGAAUUCUGUCGAAGCCCCCUAUGAGUUUGCAGAUUAGCCUCGGACAAGACAAGAGGUGUAUCAACCUCGAUUUGAAAAAAAUUAGCUCCGCACAGGUCACGUGAUAAAAAAAUUACUCGCACUCCUGUGACUAUCGCUAGGAAGGGGGGAGCCUCUACCCUUCUCUAUUUCAGGCGACCCCCUGACUAGCGAUAGUCACAGGAGUGCGAGUAAUUUUUUUAUCACGUGACCUGUGCGGAGCCAAUUUUUUUCAAAUCGAGGUUGAUACACCUCUUGUCUUUUCCGAGGCUAAUCUGCAUGCUCAUUGGGGGCUUCGACAGAAUUCUUGUCUUUUCCGAGGCUAAUUUUACUAUCAUUCACAGGGGGUUUUGAGAAAAUUCUUGUCUUUUCCGAGGCUAAUCUAUGUACUCUACCGUAGGGUCACUGGCAAGCCCGCGUAGCGGGCUUCGUAGUCUACUAAUACUAUUAUGCGGAUAUGCAAAUGAGCCCCGAACAAAAGAUCCACACCGCACGGCGGUUCAACCCCUUUUUCUCCCCGAAGGGCAGAGCGGAUCUUCCCCGGCAAGGUCUCAAAUCGAAGCUAGAUAAUUGAUUUGCUAUCAAAAAGGUAUAACGUUUUUUUUCCUGCCUUGUUUUUCGAGAUAUUUGGCGUUUUCUGUGGCAUCGUCUCGAUCACCGUUAGUGCUCUCCGUGGUCUUUGUCCCGUGUUUCUAAAGGUUCUUUCUCUCUCUUUUCUCUUACUCUCUGCAAAAGAUUGCCACACCGCCCGGCGGUUCAACCCCUUUUUCUCCCCGAAGGGCAGAGCGGAUCUUC